CCAAGCUGGGUGGCAGCUUCUUCAGCUCUCCUCUCCGAGUAUUCGGAGGUGGAGGGCAUUGUCACACGGAUGGUGGCAAACGUUAUCAGUUUGGGAGUAGGUUAAAACAGUGUCCAGUAGGUGAUAAUCGAGAGCCAGAAGAGGCUCAACCUCAACCUCAUCCUCAUUCUCAUCCAGAAGAGGACCACAGAGUGAUGGAGCAUGAGAAGGGCCGGACAUCGCGAGCCUCGUCGACGUCCAGCCUCGGGAGAGAAGUGAGAUGCGGGUGCCAGUACUUCCAGAGCGACUCCCUGCUGCCAGAGCGACGAGCGAUGAUGAUGCUGUCACGACCUUCGUCCCGCGGCUCCGCCAAGAUUACACCAGCUGGCAUUUGUGAGCACGAGUACGAGCCGGUGGGCGCUGGGAUGUCGCCGAAGACAGUGGGGCCAGCACCGGUGGUCAGGAUCCUCGACACGGACAUCGUGCCGGUGGGUGACAGCGACGACAGCAUUGACGUGGGUGGACGCUUUAGUCCAGGCCCGAUUCUCGUUGGGGACGUGGUCCUGCCACUUGAUGGCCGCAUCGAGGACAGUGCGAUGGAGAGCCGGGAACUAGGAAGCGGUGAGCUCUCCGGCGAGGAGCCCGAGACCGCGCAAGAGCUGCAGGACAGGCUUGAGGAAAGAUUCUUCAACGCGGCGACCCCCGUCACCGAAUCCAGGACCGACGGCGAGAUCAACACGAGUCAGGUGGACUCAUCGGUGAUGGAGGAGCUACCGCUGCGACGAGGUGCGAGGGGGCUGCCCUACAAAAUUCGAACUCAAGCUGGAAAAUUACGUACGCGGUUAAAAAAUAUUCAACGACCCAAUUUCACACUUCCCGCGAACGAGCGAAGACACAAAUCAUCCCCUAAAAUUCGUUCCGAUAGAUCUAAAUCCGAUAAAUCUAAAUCACGAUCAUCCGACAAGUCAUCGACACUAGAAAGAUCAUCUAAAUCAUCAUCGACAGACAAACGAACACGAAUGGAAAGAAUACGAGCGUCAUUACCAGAUCGUCCGCGUUUUUCAUUGCCAGAUAAAUCAAAAUUUACGUUACCCGACCGGCCUAAAUUUAAUUUUCCACAACGGGCUAAAUUUCAUUUACCAGAACGCCCUAAAAUAAAUUUACCAAAAAUGAGAUCGAGCUUCCGGUUGCCGGCAAUGCCGGGUCGACGAAGGGCUCCGUCGCUGGCCGAGCAGCAGCGACAGUACAGCAACGAGUCCAACGCGGGAUCGCGUAAAAAUAUUUUCGAUUUUGCGACGGUACCGCGUUUAUUUGACAGAAAGUCAAAGGCCGCUAAAGACUACGCGACAUCGUCACCAAAGGAAUCGCGAGCCUCGUCAUCGGGAACAGCAACUGAGAGCGCGACUUUACCGCGAGCUAAAAAACCUAAAGGUUCUUUUGGUACCAGAUGGACUCAGCGUUUUACUGACAUUAAAUUUGCUGACGAUGACGAGGAAGGACCGACGUCGAUUGAACGGGAAAAACCGUGGCAGCAAACAGCGUUAGAGAAACCUAGACUGUCGUUACGAGGUCAAGAGUCUUUAGAAGGGUCUGAACCGCUGGGCUGGGAAGAGUCUGACGAACGUCGUAAAAGUCUUCAAACUGAAGAGCUACCUUACCAUCAUGAGUUUAGAGUACCAGAGGACCGAGAACAAGAGGAAGAGCAUCACCAGCAGCACAAGCAUCAAGAAGUUAUGAAAAAAAUACUUAGUCGUGCGAAUAAAAUAUUCCGUGGAGACUCGGAAGACUCGUACGAGCCACCGCAAAUCGAUCCCCGACUGUACGGUGAUCAGAAUGUUGCUCUCGAAGACUCUGGAGGCAGCAAAGAAAGGGAUUUAUAUCGAGUGGCCUUUGAACCUGUGGACCCUCGAGAGUAUAAAAAGGCACAUGCCAGAGACAAACGUGCGGAGGCGGUGACACCAGAAGUGGAGAUGCCUGAGGACCAAGUGGAGCUCGAGGAGGAGGAGAUAGACGAGGAGUUGGAGGAGGAAGAAGAAAUGGAAGUUGAAGAGGAAGAGAUUGAGGAAAAUAUAGAACAGUCUAGUGAACUUGAAGAGGACACGUCAGCUCGUUCUGAUCGAGAGCAACAGGCCUCGAGUGGGAGCUCCUGCGAUCGUCGGCGUCGCGGUGUCAUUGAGGAAAUUGAUUCCGAUGAAUUCUUUUUACGUGCCAAAGGCAUCAGUCAAGAUGACAUGCAUGUAGGGAGGUACUUAACCAGCGAAAUACGGGAUGCAUUGAGAACGCCAGUUAAUGCUCUCGCGGAUCAAGUGACUGUGGUUGCUAAGCCUCCUCAGAGACCGCAGCGCACUCGCUCGAUAAGAAAGCGGGAGUCCGUUGAAUCAUAUGACCCUGCACCAAUGAGGCCUAAGCGUCGCAGCCAGGAGUCGGAUUUUGACUCCCGGUUGCAUGAAAAUGACGACAGCUUCUCGGAGUCGCGACAUAGAAUUGUUUAUCACGCGGACUCAGCGCCCCUGGACCUAGACCGACAGGAACCGUUGGAUGACAUCGUCGUCGUCAAGCCGAUUCGCAGAAAAUCACGCACCUCACUGCGCAGUUCUUCCCAGGUACCUUCUGACCCCAUAAAAGAAAUUUCUCCGGAGCUACCGAUACCUCCAGCAGUCCCUAAGAGACGUAAGCGACGAGUUCAUGAUAAGCUGGAGAUUAAUUUACGUAUCAAUGGAAUUGAAUCGUGUAACGGUCAUCAUAUUGAUCAUGUUGAUCAUCUAGAUCAUGUUGAUGUGAUUGAAGAGCGUGUCAGACCGAAAUCAGAGCCGCCGAUGAAACCAACGAGAGUUCCAAGUCACGAGACAAUUAGCAUCACUUCAAAAGUCGACGAGGAAGAGUACAUUGAACCGGCGCCAGUACCUCCAAAGAGACACUCACGUUCGAGAACAACAUCAAUAUUUCAAGACGAUGAUAGAACGUCUCGAGAAGCCGAGUCAAUACCCGAGUUGGGAUAUGACGUUGAAGAAAUGCAGCGGGACGACGACAGCGCGAGGUUCGAACUUCCAGGUUACGCGGUAAUUGAGAAGCGAGAGAAACCACCAAGACCUCCUCCACCCCGCAAACGACGUAAAGAUAAAUUUGCCACCGUCCCUAGAUCUAUGGGAGGCCCAGUACGACCAAUGAGGAACUACAGUACUCUGAGACCCAGAUCGCGGACGCCGUCAGUAGUCUCGAAAACUCCACAGGAAGAUGACUUGACGCCUUACGUCGAGAUCGAGUCCGAUGACGAGCACAAAAAUUUACUCAGCGGAGAAGUGCUGAGUAAAAUGGCAACCAGACCUCUGCCAGCACCCCCACGCCCGCCGCGGGCUAAAAAAGAUAAAAGCAAAGUCAGUCAUGUGGAAGAGGAGCCAAUGGAGUAUGGAGGCGAUCUAACGGAAGCUUAUGCUUCAACACAAACCGAUCCAUUGCCAGAUGACAUGGUCAUUGAGGAAGAAAUAACCCAAGCUAAACUGGUCGUCGCUCCUUCGAGUUCCGGUUCCCAGAUUAUGGUCUCCAUGGAACGAAUUCCCAGUCCCGCGUACUUCAGACCCAGUCUUACGGCCAUUUCGCACGAAAGAAUACCCAGUCCCCAGGAGUUUUACACGAGAUCAUCAGCGAUUUCGGAACCAGAUAUCAGAGGAUCGCGGAUUACACCUGACCGUGAUAUUCUAGACUCCAGAGACCGUGUGCCUGAUGUUCCACCUCUACCACAAGCCAAAGAAGAACUCUAUCCUCUGAGAAGUAAAAGUCCUUCAAUGCCUCCCGAUGUUCAUCCAGAAAGACCAGACUCGAGGAUCGUAGGCCUAGAAGAACUUGAAGAAAGAUUGUCAGCUUUUCUCAACAAUGAAACGCUAAAAAUAUCAAGCCUCGAAGUCGCCGAUCUCAAAGUAGACCGACUCAGUGUCGCGAAUCUCGAGGCUCAUAAAAUAUCAGCCUCUGAAAUCGACGCGGUAGUGGUCUCUGCCUCGGAGAUAGCAAACGCCAGUGAAGAAGACCACGCAGUUCAUCCGUCCUUGCUUGAAGAAUUGAUAGCCAUCAAAGCCCAGUUGGAGCUCGUGUCGACUCAGGUCCAAGAGAGCCAAGACAAAGACCCGCACUCUCAAGAUUCCCGUACAGAUUCAACUAUCGCAGAAGCUAAAUACCCGUUCAAAGACUCGAGAGCCAUUGAACCAGAUCACCUGCAGCUGGAUCCACUGACCAGGACCACAGAAACACGGGCGAUAUUUUCUAGUCAAGGAGUCGAGCGUCCUCCAAGUCCAGUGACGAUUCCAAGUGAACCAAAGCCCAAAGAACCCGAGAAACCAAAGCCCGCUGAAGAUCCACCCAAAGAACGAGAACGAGAUCGGUCUCGCUCCAGUUCCCCUGUCGGACUGCAUCUGAGACAAACCGCAUCUCCAGUACGGUCACUGCCUCCAGUGAUUUCGGUGACCCCCGACAGCCCUGACACUCUGCACCAACUAUUUGAAUCUGCAGAAAUAAAACCUCAGCGCGCAACAAUAACUUACUCAGACAACGAACCAGAACGUCAAUCGCGUCCAUCAUCACCACCGACUCAUUCGCGUCCUUCAUCGCCUUCGAGUCAAUCCCGUCCAUCAUCGCCGCCACAGCAACAAUUUAUAGCAUUUACGUCAUCCCAAAUUCCUCCCCAAUUCUUCGCUCUGUCAUCAGCAUCUCACACCGACGAGCCCAGUAUAAUCGACAUGACCCAACAGCUGGUCCGCGCACUCAGACUCGCCGGCAAACGCGCCAUGAGACACUUUGUCAACUACAUGGUAUCACGAGUGACCCGCGAAGAAUCCGAGGCCAAGAUCAGAGAAAUCGAACUCGCGAUCUGCGCGCUUCUGCUCAUCAUCGCCGGACUGAUAAUCGUCUGCUUCGCUGGACCCCGCACCAUCACCCAUCAUCAUCACUGGGACUACUUCAAUCCUCCGCGGUUAUAAUUUUGUUUAUUCUCAAACUUAAAACCCUAACACUUAAAUUUAAUUGACGAUUGCUCUCUAUUUAAAUUUUUUAAAUCUUCAGCAAUCGUUUUCUAGGAUAAUUAUGUUUUUUAAAUACGACGUUAAUAAAUCCGUUUGUAUAUUACUAUU